GAAGAGAUCCCGGGCCCUCCGAGAAGGGACAGCACUGGGAGAAGCCAGUGCCGUCUGAAGGGAGGGAGACUCAAGGAGGCUGCAGGGAGGGGAGACAGGGAGGGCCGAGAGCAGUCCCCGAACACGGACGAGCAUCUGUUCACUGUCAGCAGCACGAUGGAAAUAAUAUUUGGCAGAAAUAAGAAGGAGCAACUGGAGCCUGUGAGGGCCCGAGUAACAGGCAAGAUUCCAGCCUGGCUGCAGGGAACCCUGCUCCGCAAUGGGCCUGGGAUGCACACGGUGGGCGAGACCAGAUACAACCACUGGUUCGAUGGCCUGGCCUUGCUCCACAGCUUCACAAUCAGAGACGGCGAAGUCUACUACAGGAGCAAAUACCUGAGAAGUGAUACCUACACUGCCAAUAUCGAAGCAAACAGGAUUGUGGUGUCAGAAUUUGGAACAAUGGCCUAUCCAGACCCCUGCAAAAACAUAUUUUCCAAAGCAUUCUCCUACCUGUCCCACACCAUCCCCGAUUUCACAGACAACUGUCUGAUCAACAUCAUGAGGUGUGGAGAAGACUUCUACGCGACCACAGAGACCAAUUACAUCAGGAAAAUCAACCCCCAGACCCUGGAAACCCUGGAGAAGGUUGAUUAUCGUAAAUACGUGGCUGUAAAUCUGGCAACAUCACAUCCUCACUACGACGCUGCUAGAAACGUUCUCAACGUUGGCACAUCCAUCGUGGACAAGGGGAAGACAAAAUAUGUGAUCUUUAAGAUCCCUGCCACAGUCCCAGGGGGCAGGAAGGAGGGCCGGAGCCCCCUGAAGGACACGGAGGUCUUCUGCUCCAUCGCUGCCCGCUCCCUCCUCUCCCCGAGCUAUUACCACAGCUUCGGAGUCACCGAGAACUACAUCAUUUUCCUCGAGCAGCCUUUCAAGUUGGACAUCCUCAAGAUGGCCACGGCCUACAUUCGGGGCGUGAGCUGGGCUUCCUGCCUGGCCUUCCACAGGGAGGACAAGACCCACGUUCACAUCAUCGACCGAAGGACGCGGAAGCCCGUGCUGACCAAGUAUUACACGGACCCCAUGGUGGUGUUUCACCACGUCAACGCCUACGAAGAGGACGGCUGCCUCCUGUUCGACGUCAUCGCCUACGAGGACGGCAGCCUCUACCAGCUCUUCUACUUGGCCAACCUGAACAAGGACUUCGAGGAGAACUCCAGGCUCACCUCCAUGCCCACCCUCAAGAGGUUCGCACUGCCCCUCCACGUGGACAAGAAUGCAGAAGUGGGCUCCAAUUUAAUCAAACUGUCGUCUACAACAGCACGAGCCCUAAAGGAAAAAGAUGACCAAGUCUACUGUCAGCCGGAGUUGCUCUACGAAGGCUUAGAACUGCCUCGGAUCAAUUAUGCCCACAAUGGGAAGCCAUACCGAUAUGUCUUUGCUGCUGGAGUCCAGUGGAGCCCCAUCCCAACCAAGAUAGUAAAAUAUGACAUUCUCACGAAGUCCUCCUUGGAGUGGGGAGAGGCACACUGCUGGCCAGCGGAGCCCUUGUUCGUGCCCACGCCGGGUGCCAAGGACGAGGAUGAUGGUUUUCUCUAAUUUGAUUCCACCCCAGGAAUAAGGUAGAUGUGUACGUGGACAUGUGCUUAGCCGCUCAGUCGUAUCCGACUCUUUGCAUCCCAUGGACUGUAGCCCGCCAGGCCCCUCUAUCCAUGGGGAUUCUCCAUGCAAGAAUACUGGAGUGGGUAGCCCAUCCCUUCUCCAGGGGAUCUUCCCGACCCAGGAAUUGAACCGGGGUCGCCUGCAUUGCAAGCAGAUUAUUUAGCAACUGAGCUGCCAGGGAAUAUCAACUCACAAAAUAUAUAAGUGCAUUCCAGCUCUAUCCGCAUUACUGGCUUGUACUCAUUUCCUCUGAAAGUCACCAAGCAUCGGACUGACUGUUGAGAUGGCUGCGGGUCCAGGUUACAUGAAAACACCUUUGAUCACUUCGUACGCUGUUUAGGGACAGUUUGGACGGUUUUUAAAUGGUCGGGAGAAAAAAAAGAAAAUGGCCGGGAGAAGUCUUUCUCAUGGCAAAUCAGGACAUGCAGACAGAAAAGUCGCCACGGACUUCCUGUUCCUCCAACAACGGUGAGACCUGGGGCCUCUGCUCUUCAGGUUCCUUCCAGGAGUAGGAACCAGGUGCAGACACAGGGCCGCCUGCUGCAACUGGAAGUGGACUCUCGAGGUCAAGCACCAGCAGGAGGCUGGAGUUUCCUUGCACACGGCGAGCGGGGAGGGAUGUGGGAGCCCUGUGUUGGGACAGGUGGGGAUGAGCCAGCCUGCCUUCCUCCUGGGGACCAGGAGGGACGUGCUGAGCGGCCUUCAGGAGCACCUGGCAAGAUGCUGAGGGUGCAGCUCCCGAUGAGGGUGUGGAGCCAGAGGUGGGUUGAUGAGCAAAGCAGGUGCAGAGUGAAUUCCCCAGGAGAGAGCAGUGGAGAGAGAGAGAGAACUAAGGGGAUUUGCUUUCUGUGAUUGUAAAAUUCAUAUAUAUUCAUUGUAGAACCCCUCGUGUUGUUAAGCAAGAAAUGAAAAAGACACCCAUAACCCCAUUACCAAAAGAAAACCCCCGAACCAACAAGGACCUGCUGGAUAGCACAUGGGACUCUGCUCGGUGCUGUGGCAUCCUGGAUGGGAGGGGGGUUGGGGACAGCAUGGAUACACAUAUAUGUGUGGCUGAGUCCCUUCCCCGGUCUCCUGAAACCACCGCGACAUCGUUAAUCGGCUAUACCCUAAUACAAAAUAAAAAGUUUAAAGUUAAAAAAAAGAAAACCCCUGAAAUCCUUCUGGUGUAUUUUUCCCCCAUUUAAAAAAAAUUUUUGAUGCACAGUUUACAUAUUGGCAAUAGGUUUAUAACCCACCAGUUUAUAACCUGCUUUUUUCACUUACUAUACAAGUAUCUUUCCCAGAUCACUAAAUUCUUCUAAGGGAUGCAAAUUAUUCCAUCUUUGGAACAUGGUAUGAUAUGCACCAGCCUGCAGGUGGACAUUUUGACAGAAGAUCUGUGACCUCAUGUGUGUAUUUCUAGGGUCCACCCC